CGGAGAAUGGCUAGGCGCGGGCAUUAUAGUCCUGUAUUUUUAAUUAGUGCAUACAUGUACACAUAUAUGCUGUCUAAAAGAUUAUACUUUGUUAGUAAUUGUUUGUAUUCGGAUACAUUAGUCUGAGCGUACGAUGGCACGUCUCGUGCUAGCUUAGUUUGCUAGUUAGCUUAGCUUGUUAGCCGCUAACAAAGAGACGUGGAAGUUCUCAACACAUCGCUAAGCAGAGAUCAAGUGUGAGUGUAAAGUGUUGUGAUUGUGUGAAAAUGUGCGAAAGAACGAUAGCAGAGUACGAGGAGAAACUGUGUCCAACAAAAGAAGAGAAUGAGGGGGACGAUGUUUUCAAGAAGCAUCAAAUUGUUACACACCGAACAGACAUCCAGCAGCCCCCCCACGUUAAAGAGGAAGAUCUACAUCCCCUUUUGUUAAAAGAGGAGGAUGCAGAGCCAUCCCACAUUAAAGAGGAAGAGAAGGAAGUGUGGAUUACUCAGGAGGAAGAGUGUCUCCUUGGGCAGGAGGGGGCUGAUCUCACCAAGUUCCCACUGACUAUUGUCUCUGUGAAGACUGAAGACCAUGAAGACAAACCACCUGAGUCCUCACAGCUUCAUCACAGUCCAAAUCUCUGUGAAUAUCAUAUUCUCCCUGAGCACCAGGAGUGGAGCUUCAGGAUGAAGCAGGAGGAGCCACAGACCUCCCACGUUAAGGAGGAAGACGAAGCGUCACAGACUCCUCUCGUUAAAAACGAAGAGGAAGACCCACGGACCCCCCACAUCAAAGAGGAAGAGGAGGAAAUCAGCAUCAGUCAGGAGGGAGAGCAUCUUAAAUGGUUGGAGGAGUUCCCAGUGAUUGGUGUGAUUGUGAAGAGUGAAGAUUAUGAGGUAAAAGUUGAAAGUGAGGAGAAGAGAGGGGUGGAGCCUUCAAGCAGCAGCUCAAUUCAACACAUGACAACAGAAGCUGAUGGAGACCACACUGAGGAUGAAGACUCUAAAGCUGAUAAGACGUGUCACACUGACAACACAUGCUUAAAAUGUUCUCACUGUGACAAAACUUUUCAACGCCCUAGUGGUCUUAAAAGACACAUGAGAAUACACACUGGAGAAAAAACCCUUUUCCCUGCUCAGAAUGCGGUAAAAGUUUUUUACGAAAAUAUGUGUUGA